AUAAGGGGGUUUUGAAUAAAAUGUCAUGGUAGUCUUAUAUAAGGGUCUGUUCCCAGCUAUUGAUAAUGAUCCUUAUUUUCGAUAACUCAGUUUUCUGACACGCAUAAUUACAACGUACCCAACCUAAUUAAACGCUUGUUUCUUCCUCUUUAUGAAAUAAUUGUCACCGGCAUAACUACAUGAAGCCAUAGAACGACGUACUGGGGGUAACACAGAGUAUAUUUUGUAGACACGUCGAAGCACGUUCAGGUUUCAGUUUCCUUAUGUGACACCAUUGUUUAUACCUUGAACGAAUCUGUAACGGGGAUGGAACGCAGGUGAAAGAUAAUACGAAACCGAAAAUUACAAUCCCCCUUGGAUCACAUGAGAAUCAUACAUACGGAAAUAACCGAGAACACUCGUUAAAAGAAACAGAGCCUUUUCGUUUCUAAUCAGAUUUGUGAUGGCACUAUUGCCUGGGUUAACGUUCUACCGAGCGUUUGGAUUGUUUCAAAUUUCUUUGGUCGUUCUUGGAUGUGGUCUCGUUUCCUCUGAAAAUGAUUCUUCACCCCGAUUUCCAGUUGGCGAUCCACGAAACUGUCCUCUUGCAAGCGGCGUUUAUCGCUUCGAGGUUCUUCCGGGAGGCGGCUGGGACAACCUAAGAAAUCUCCAUAUGGGCGCUGUUUCAGUCAUGAAUUAUUCCAAAUGUAAGACUUCGGACGACGGCAAGUAUCUCAUUCCCGAUGAUGUGUUCUUGUAUCCUGUCAAGGAAAGCAAAGUGCAUGUAUUCGCUGAAAUGUACGAUCACUGGAAUAACUAUUCGUCCACCACAACGAAGUCUAUCAAUGCUGAAGCUUCGGGCACAUUUGGUUUUGGAAGCGUAAGUGGUUCAUACUCUUCUGAGUUCGAAUCAGUGAAGAAACAUCAAGUGGAAGACAAGUCUGUAACCACACGAGCGCAACUACGCCAUGAUUUGUACACGGUGAAACUCCAACCCGAUGCCCCUCUACAGCCAGCGUUCAAGUCGCGUUUGCUCGAAAUCGCUUCACACUUACAGCACAACAAUACUGCCUAUGCGAGUUUUCUCGCGCAGGUAUUGGUUCGAGAUUUCGGAACGCACUAUGUUACAAGUGUCAUGGCUGGAGCAGCCCUGGCCAAAGUGGAUCACUUGACAAAGAAAUUUGUGGCUGAUUUCGAUGAAGAUAAAAGUAAGAUCACAGCAGCAGCAAGUGCAUCUUUUUUCGGGGUGUUUGGAGCCAGUGCGAGCUAUACUCAGACAACUGACAAAAAAGUUUUAGAUCAAUAUACAAAGAACACUGCAUAUUCCACAGUAUAUACAUUUGGAGGACCUCCCUUCAGGGUGAAUUUUACCAUCAAUGAGUGGGAAGACCAAAUGGCGGACGAGCUGGUUGCAGUUGAUCGGUCAGGUGACCCUCUACAUUUUGCAAUUACACAUGGAAGUGUACCAGAACUGUCUGAAGAACUGGUCUUCAAACUAGCCAGCGUCGUCGAAAAAGCCAUAAAGCAGUACUAUGAGCACAACACCAUCAAAGGAUGCACCAAGAUGGACUCUCCGGACUUCAGCUUUCAGGCCAACCUCGAUGAUGGAUCUUGCGAGAGCCCAACCAAUAACUACACGUUUGGGGGUGUCUAUCAAACGUGCCAAUGUGAGGGCUCUCCAUCCAGUAAUCCAUGUGGGUCCUUUGUUCAGAAGAACCCUCUCACAGCCGACUACACCUGUAGUAAUGGUUAUGAACCAGUCAUGGUACAUCAAGGUCGCACACCACAAACCUGCCAUCGCGAAUGCCACGGUUGGUGGAUUUUUAAAAGCUGCGACACCUAUUGUGGAUUUGCCAAUUACUACACCUACUGGUGUGUUGCGAAGGGUGCGGUGCCUCCUAACACAGGGUAUCUCUUUGGUGGACUCUACAGCAAUGUGUUAAAGAACCCAGUCACACAAGAUCACAGCUGUCCAUUGAAGUUUUACGCCCUGCGCUUUGGAGCCACCAUGCAUGUCUGUGUGAGCGAUGACUACGAGCUAGGCUUUCAGCAGUCUGUACCUUUUGGUGGCUUCUUCAGUUGUAAUACUGGUAAUCCUCUAGGUGUGAAGAAAUCUUCCAGCCGUGCCAAAGGAUCAAACGGUCACUCAAGCCUGGAGUUGUUCGUGAAACAGUCUGGUUCGUCGGUAUGGCCAAAAACCUGUCCAAUUGGUUAUUCUCAGCAUUUGGGAGCCAUUGAAGAAAAUUGUGAGAUCAACUUCUGCGUGAAGUCGAAUGUAUUUAACAGCAAGGGAUUCCCCAUCAUCAAAAGACCCCCUUACUCAAAUGCGCCCAAAAUUUACAAAUACACUGUGCCCUUGCUCGUGAUCAACAAUGACACCGGACAAAUUUGGUUUAAACGAUCCAACUCACCACAUUGGGUGUUGGCGACUAAAAGCUCUGUCGCUGUCUUUGCAGCCGAAACCAACCUAGACGGUCCAGCAAUAAUAGGUAUGGAUCCCGCACAAGUAAACUUGAAAGCUUCCACUCAUGGCAAACAAAAGUCUUCCUCGCAGAGUUCCAGUGAUACCAUGGGUGCUGGGGCAGCGGCUGGUAUUACUUUUGGUGUAACAGCAUUGGCUGGAUUGCUGAUCGCCGCCAUGGUCAUUGGCUGGCGUCGCCAUAAGACCGUUCAAAGAGAAAGCAGCGGUUUGAUGGAGCCACUGAAUUCCGCUGGGUAUGGCGCUGUCACUGAGCAAGGAAGCCCACAAGUUUAAAUUACGCAACAACUUUUUCAUUUUAUUCAAGGUUAACGAAUGUCAACAAGAAAUUUGUCCAGGUCAUAGCUUAGUGUCUCUUUAAACGUUUUUGAACUCGAAAUUUUGCAAUAAAUGCGUUUUAUGAUAGUUGUUUUUCAAUUGACAUACUCUAACAUAAGCGCUUGUUCUGUUGUAAGUGUUAUGGAAGAAAUAACCCUAAUUUUUGAGGCACGAAGAAUGUAAACAAAUGAUGGUUGUUUGAUAAAGUACGGUUACACCUAUUUACUCAGUGAUGGAGCGCUUUUCGAUUGAGUGUCGUAGACCAAACCCACAUUAAUGAUAACAGCCAAUCAGUAGUAAGAAAAAUACCUUUAAGAGCCAAUAAGAACCAAACUGCCUCAAGCACGGGAAAACGUGCGCUACACAGUCAUGAAUUGGUUUUAAUUUUGCAUCUGAUAGGUUGAGAGAGUGGUGUAAGUUUUCAUUGGACCAAUCACAGAUCGAAGUAAGCAAAAACAAAGGAAUUCUGGAUUACUUUCGACACUCACUUGGCAAUUCCUCUAUAUCGAAUAGGACAUACACUGGAUCAUUAUGUUGAGCUCUCUAACUUCAUGACUAGAACUGUGUCGUUAACGUUAUCAAAAAGGUGUUCAGUCUCUUCAGUAGUCGGUUUAAAUAACUUCAUUCGCAUUGAACCACGCUAAAGAAAUUAAUGAGUUUGCAAAUAAAUAGAUAAAUGAAUA